CACAACCCCGUGAGCAGAGUUGCUGCCACUCAGCAAGAGAGGAGCCGACGUCCCGCUGCCUGCAAGCAAUGGACAUGGGGAAGGUCAACUCCAUGGACUUCCGAGAAUUCGUGGAUGUGUUUGGGAAUGUCAUUGAGAGGUGUCCUCUGACAGCGGCUGCUGUGUGGUCCCAGAGGCCGUUCUCGGACUGGGAAGAUUUAGAGAGGCACUUUUCUGCCUUUAUCGAUGCUCUGCCACAGUCAGGCCAGGAGGGCGUCCUGCGCUGCUACCCGGACCUGGCGGGCCGCGACCUGCAUCGGGGCGCGCUGACUGCGGAGUCGCAGCGGGAGCACAGCGUCGCGGGCCUGCUGAGCUUGGGCGCCGCCGAGGGGCUGAGGCUGGCUGAGCUCAACUCGCAGUACUGCGCGCGCUUCGGCUUCCCCUUCGUGCUCGCGGCGCGCCUCAGCGACCGCGGGGCGGUGUUCCGCGAGCUGGAGCGGCGGCUGCACCGCCCGUCCGCGCUCGAGCUGCGCACGGCCCUGGGCGAGGUGAAGAAGAUCUGCCGCUUACGGCUCGCUGACCUCUUCGGCGUGGACCCUGCCGCCCGACCGCAGCGGCCGUGCGCACCCGGGCCCUGGACUCGCGGAGACCGGGACCCUGCACCGUGCGCCCUGGGCGGGGGAGCUGGCACUGUCCGCAAGCUCACACAAAGGAGGGGAGGACUGAGGCAAUCCUAUGAAUAAUGAGCCCUUUUGUUCGCCGCCCCACGUCCGCACCGUUUGCUAAAAUAUCUAUGUCGUUUCGUGCUUUUCCCCAUUUAUUCAGCUCACUGCUUCACUUCUUCACUUUGCGGACCGUUGACACUACCAGCUUUCGUGGUUCCGACGCGCUUAUCCAGCUCUGGCUGCCUACCUACCCUUUCCUGCUAAGUGGAGCUGCCAAGCAAAACAGGCGGAAAAUUAAUCUUUUAUUCCACUGGGGUUUGCCCGUUUGUUUGUUUUCUCCUCCCACCUUAUUUGCUGCGCCGACAUUUACGUGCGAGCGGAGCAGCGUUCUCACUCUGGGGCAGGGAGAGGAUUCCGUGCAAGGAAAGCCAGCGCGGGUCUCAGUCUGCAGCGCAGGCACCAGGCGGAGGUCACCAAGUGUGGGAAAGAUGAGUAGGAGAGCGCACUGCGAUGGGCCAGAGCUGGGCGGGCGCCCCUUGGCACCGGUCUCUCCCGGAGGUGGGCUCGUUAGAACUUCAGGCUGCCCAGGAAACCCAUUAGUCAAUUUAAAAAUUAACAAUAAGAUUAAUAAUUUAAUAAUACUCAUUGAGCAGUGCCGGAUAUUGUGGGAUGAAGAUGGGAUGCCACAGCACUGAUACAGUGGGUAAUGGAAGGAAAGCAUCACCCAAAGAAAUCUUUUUGGCCAGAGUAGGUCAGCUCGGCAGAGUGUGUCAUCCCUGGGUCUCCAGGGCCGCCCUACCGACUGGGCAGCUCCCUGCACUGGGGGCCAGAGUGUCCGCUCAUGCAGGAGUCUCUCUCUCUCUCUCUUUGCCACACACACUGGAAGAUCCCAACAACUACUACUUAGGUUUCUGUUGGCAGAGGAGAAACUAGUCACGCGUAUCCUCCCCAUCACAGUCACGGUAGAAGUGAAGGCAGAGUCGGCCCUUUUACAGACGAGAACCUCCUUGGUGACCAACCGGUCUGGGUUAGCAGUAGCAACAGCAACAAUACCUUCUUUUCCAUACAAAGUGGUCUGGCUGGUGUGGCCACGCCCUUGUUUGGGGCUGAAUCCAACAGCUAGAAGCCACUCCGGGAACACCGGAAUUUUAAUCAAGUAUCUGCACUCUCCCUUCCCAUCUUACUGGUCUUCCCAUUAGUGGUAAGGGUGGAGGCACAAGUAAGGGGGCCGCGGGGCGUGAGCUGUGGUCACCAGCGUCUUUGUAGCUGGGGUCUGUGCCACACGCCUUCUCUGGGGUAGGAAGGUCAGGUGCAAACCACAAAGGGACUCAGCGACUCGGUGUCUGUGCCGCAAGCCCCAGAGGCAGUGGUGGAGCCCCUGGGCCUAGGGCCGGAUGCCUGUCUGUCUGUCUGGCCAGGGUAACUCGGCCAUUUUCCUGACAAACCGUACACGAGGAACCCGCUGCUUGGCCCAGGAUACAAGUGCCACGGGCUGGCCCCAACACUCAGAAUCAUGCAGCAGCAGCUGCAAGGCACCCCGUCAAACCCUGGCCGAGCCCGGCUGUUACACAGAUGGGCCCCCACAUGCAGAGCUCCCUCUGCGGGCUCCCUCUGUGAACGUGGUCGCUCUAAGACAGGCAGGCCUCCCAGCGCUGUUUUUAGAACAAGUGACCUAGACCUCUCAGGAAUGACCUGGUGUCGCGAUUUCACAGCUGCCUUUCAGCGGUUCAUAGCCUGUCGGGGAAACUGUUUAUUUCUGCAGGAGGGGAUACGCCCCUUCAAGGAGCUGGGUGCGGGGGAGGGAGAGCCGGCUGCCCAAUGCCUCCUUCAAAGAAGCCCGAGCCUUCGCGGCGGGAGGGCGGACGCAGGACGGGACUCCUGGCUGGGAAGUGCCUUGGCCAAAGCCCCUGGCGGCUCCCACUUUCUUCUCCGGUAGGAGCGGAGGCAGAGGCCUUUCCUUGCGCUACAGGUCGCCUGUGCGUGCGGGGGUCUGGCAGGGCAGUUUCUCCAGCCACAGUUUGUCUCAAACCCUGACGCUCCUGAGCCUCUGCCAGCCUCGUUCUGGCGGAGACGUUUUCUUGGUUCGGUGCGGAGCGCCGGGUGCGCAGGAUGCGGGAGGCAAACCCAACAGCCGGGACCGCGGCGAGAACUUGGGCCCCCACCUGCGCACCCCCAAGGAGGUCUGUCUGGGCGACCAGAGCGCACCCAGCGCGUGUCGGGGGUACAGAAGUAGUUGGCUCAGGUGCCGGGGUGAAUAAUAACACUUUACUUACCAGUUCGUUACAAAAGCGCUAAGGCAAUGCUGAGGCCGAGGAACUAGAUUCAGGAUCCGAAACCCUUCGGGCCCUACGAGCUUACACGCCCUUCUGAGGAGGCGUUGCUUUGUUCGUCCUCACGUCCCCUUAAAGUGUUCGAGCCCACCUAGCCCAGGUGUCCCCUGAACGGAUGGACCCUACAGCUCCUGUUACGAAUUCACGGGCCCAGCGCGCUCGGCUUUCGCCUGUGUAGCUGGAACCCGAAUGCGGGCUUCCUUCAUCCCCCCCAGAGGAGGUUUUCGGUCUGCGUCCGAACGCGCCCCCCGGGCACUGAGGCGGGGAGAGGGGAGGCCGGGAAGGGCGACACAAUUUCUUUGCAAAACUGCCACCCACUUUCCUUUGGACACAUUUCCAGAGAACAGCCACAUGACACCGGUUUUGAUGAAAAAAAUAAAGCUCUCUUUUGGGAAAAUAUUGACUGAGGAACAAAAGUAAGUGGAUACCUUCUUUGGCAACUGGAGAAAACUCUGGGAUGAAACUUGUGGAAAAAUCACCACCCAAUAAACUAAUAAACCCCGGUUAGCAGGUGCCUGUGAAACGGGGAAAUCGGUGGGACGGGGGAAAUCACUCGGCCUGUCCCGAAG